GCUGGCCCUGUCUGGGGAAGAUGGAGAUGGAGAGGGACCUUGGGGACAACUCCACAGGGCCCAAUAUCACCAACAGCACAGGAGCUCCAGACAGCACUCUCCCUGUGGUGGUGUUCACAGACAGGAUGGUGGUGCUGGUGGUUAUCCUGGCACUACUCACCCUCCUCACUGUGCUCGCCAACAGUGCUGUUAUCACAGCCAUCUGCACCACCAAGAAGCUCCACCUUCCCGCCAACUACCUUAUCUGCUCCCUGGCGUUCACCGACUUCCUGGUAGCUAUCCUGGUCAUGCCAAUCAGCAUCUUAUACAUUGCCACAGAGUACUGGUCGUUGGGCCAGGUGGUGUGUGAGGCCUGGCUGAGUGUGGACAUGACCUGCUGCACCUGCUCCAUCCUGCACCUGUGUGUCAUAGCGCUGGACCGCUACUGGGCUAUCACCAAGGCCAUCGAGUAUGCUCGUAAGAGGUCAGCCCGCCGGGCAGCUGUCAUGGUGGGCAUCAUCUGGGUCAUCUCAGUCUUCAUAUCCAUUCCACCCCUCUUCUGGAGACACAGGCCCGGUAGCCACGGCCCAAAACAGUGCAUCAUAGAGCAUGACCACGUGGGCUACACUAUUUACUCCACCUUUGGGGCCUUUUACAUCCCCAUGACCCUUAUUCUCAUCUUGUACUAUAGGAUUUACAAUGCUGCUAAGACGCUCUAUCAGAAACGGGGCUCAUCGCGGCACUUCAGCAGCCGAAGCCAGACGAAGACUGAUAGCCAGAACUCUCUGAACCACUGCCGUAUGGCACACACCUUCUGCGUAUCGGACCUAUCCACCUCAGACCCCACUCUGGAGUUUGACAGGCUCAAUGCCACCAUCCGUAUCCCCUCAUUUGAGACAGAUAUAGACGGGGCAGAUGAGAGGAGCCAGAUCUGUACCUCCAGGGAGAGGAAGGCAGCACGUAUCCUGGGCCUCAUCCUCGGGGCUUUUAUCCUCUGCUGGCUGCCUUUCUUUCUGAAGGAGCUCCUUGUGGGCCUACAGGUCAUAACUGCCUCACCCCAGGUGUCAGAAUUCCUAACCUGGCUGGGCUACAUCAACUCACUUAUUAAUCCUCUACUUUACACCAGCUUCAAUGAGGAUUUUAAGUUGGCCUUUAAGAAACUGCUCAGACGAAAGGAGCAUGCAUAG